GCCUCGCGGCGCGCCCCACGAGCCCCGGGCGAAGCCUGCGUGCGCCAGCGCAGUAGCGGGCCGCGCUGACGGGGGCGGCGAGGCGGUCGCUUCGAGCGUGUUAGUUCGCUCCCUGAAGAGAGUGAGGGCGGUUGGGCGCUGGCGGUCACUCGUGCGUUCGCUGAACUCACAGUUUUGUUCGCGCGGUGACAGCCUAGGUAGUGCUGCAGACGGAACAGACACAGUCUAGAACAAGUUCAUAAUGAAGUCUGGAGGAAAGCCGUUUUCCUUAAAAUCACAGAUUUUGAAUGUGCACAUUCCUAGUUUGGGGUCAUAUCCUUGUCUGACAACUCACCUUUUACAACAGAAUCUGCUUUUCAGAGAGAUGCCCUUUGCUUCUCAGAUGUAGUGCACCUUACGCUUAUUUUUCAACAGUGAAAAUGAGUCAUACAGAGGUUAAAUUAAAAAUACCUUUUGGAAAUAAAUUACUGGAUGCCGUUUGUUUGGUACCUAACAAGAACAUAGCAUAUGGAAUAAUUCUUACACAUGGAGCAUCAGGAGACAUGAAUCUUCCUCAUCUGAUGUCACUGGCAUCCCACCUUGCAUCUCAUGGGUUUUUUUGCCUGAGAUUUACUUGCAAAGGCCUUAAUAUUGUACAUAGAAUUAAGGCAUAUAAAGCAGUUUUGAAUUACCUGAAGACCUCAGGAGAAUACAAACUUGCUGGUGUUUUUCUUGGAGGUCGUUCAAUGGGCUCAAGGGCAGCUGCUUCUGUGAUGUGUCAUACUGAGCCAGAUGAUGCUGAUGAUUUUGUUCGAGGUCUCAUUUGUAUUUCUUACCCACUGCACCAUCCAAAGCAGCAGCAUAAACUCAGAGACGAAGAUCUCUUUCGUAUAAAGGAUCCUGUACUGUUUGUGUCGGGCUCAGCAGAUGAAAUGUGUGAAAAGAACUUGUUGGAGAAAGUAGCACAGAAAAUGCAAGCCCCUAGUAAAAUUCAUUGGAUUGAAAAGGCAAAUCAUUCCAUGGCAGUGAAAGGACGGUCUACAAAUGAUGUAUUCAAAGAAAUAAACACACAGAUCUUGUUUUGGAUCCAAGAAAUCACUGAAAUGGACAAGAAAUAAUUGUCAUUAAAAGCCAUGUUCUGAAUAAAAGUACGGUUGGUUAAUUUGAUAAAGUAUACCUCUCACUCAGCAUUGUGAGAUGUAUUUCAGACUAAUGUUCUUUAAUGUUGCCCUAUUUUUUAAACAUUGUAUCGUGAAAAUAUCCUUUACAAGAUGUCUUUUGAAAGCACUGUUAUAGUUAUAUGAAGAUAAUGUACAAAUAUUGAAGGUUGUCUAUAAUUUAUUUUCAUUAGUAUAGUUAAGUUUUGAAAAAUUAAACAUUUGCAUUUUGUUACAA